AUGUCAGCUAACCGGUCCAUCAAUUUCUUAAGAGGGUGGAUUAGUCACGACUUGCUACCUCGUCAGCAAAUCAUCAAGGCAACAACCGAACUGUUGAAACCAGAAUUGAGAGAGUACGAUGAUGAUGUUGAAAAUCACCACCCACUCGUUUAUGGAGCGGACAGUGGAUCGCUAUGGGUUAGAGAAGAGAUUUGUAAAUUUACCAAUGAUGCGUUCAAACUAGAAGCGGACAACCUAACCAAAAGCAAACCUGAAUACAUCAAUUUGACCUCAGGAGCAUCCUAUGGGAUGCUCAAUUUAUUAUUGCAGACCACACUUCCGCAUACAGGCUACACUAGACAAGCAUUCGUUAUUUCUCCCACGUAUUUUCUCAUCAAUGACGCGUUCAUAGAUGCUGGAUUUCGGAACAAAAUUACUGCCAUCCGGGAGAAGGACGAUGGAAUUGACCUAGAUACGCUCCAGAAGCAUUUGGAGUACUAUGAAAAGCUUGACAAGGAAAGAGAUCAUAGCCAAGACUCGCAGUUGGUAAAUUCACCUAACAAAAGAUCGAAGAAACUUUAUCGGUUCGUAAUUUACUUGAUUCCCACGUAUUCAAAUCCUAGUGGCAAGACUUAUUCUUUGAGCUCCAGAAACAAGCUUAUAGAACUAGCUCGAAAGCAUGACAUGCUAAUCAUAACUGAUGACGUUUACGACAUGCUAAGUUAUGACCAGCCUGCUACAGAAACUCCCCGUCCGACUCUAAGGUUUACUCAUCUAGACAGAGCGACUCUUUCAGACGUCGAUAAAUCUUACGGUAAUACAAUUGUCAACACUACAUUUUCUAAAAUGAUAGCGCCUGGCUUACGGUUUGGUUACCAGGAGACAGUGAACAGCAACUUGGCGACACAACUUUCGCAAGGUGGUGCCAAUGCGUCGGGCGGUACCCCUUCGCAAUUGAAUUCGAUGAUAGUUGGUACCAUGCUUCGAAAUGGUGACUGUGCCAAGAUAAUCCGUCAAACAAGGGAAGCGCUUGGCGCUCGGUGUGAAGUAUUAUACGACAGUAUCAAAAAAUACUUACCUCAAAGAACGGAGUACGAGCUUCAAACCGGAGGGUACUUUUCAUGGUGCACCCUCCCUGAAGGGUUUGAUUCUGGUGAGAUUUGCGAGACGUUGAAACGCAAAUACAAUGUCAUGAUUCCAGAUGGAUCGCGGUUCGAAGUGGUCGACAACCCCAUGCAGUGGAAGAAAAGGAGCGUGAGACUUAGUGUAAGCUAUCUAAGCUCAGAAGACAUCGAGAAAGCUGUAGAAUUAUGGGGGCAAGUAUGUAGGCAAUACGCGAAGGAGCACCAUUUAGAAUUUUGA